GCUCCCCAAUCCCUUCUCUCCCCAACUCCCAGAAACCUAUUGAAUGUUAUUUGGGGGCCACUGUUCAAAGACCAGCCACAGUGUGAGCAGGCAAUUAUGGUUGCUUAGUGAGUAAAGAGUGAAAAAGAAGUAAGGUUGCCAGGGUGAAGGUCUCUGUUUUCCCUUCCCUUAGUUUGCUAGGAAUGUUCAAGAAAUGUUCAUGGAGAAAGACAUUUGAAAACCGAGCUGAGGGGGAAAACCCAGACCCCCUUGCCAGCUUUGAUGCUCUACUGGGAUAUCCCAUGACUCUCUACCCAAGGACUAAGCAUGGGAAUGAAGCAUCUCAUUCACAUGGACAUCAUGUAUUUGCAUGGCAUUCCCACACCCUCCCCAAACUCCCUAGGAGCUGGAUGCAAACUUUACUGGGCGCAGACGGAUGAGCACGGAUCUGCCAGAGGAGCCCGGGGCCAGGUCGGCGCUGCCCCUCAGGGGCCCCCUGCCUGACUGACCAGCACAUCCCCUUUCGCUGGGGCCUCUUUAGGAUCUUGGCUGUGCUGGGCCAUGCAACUCUGAGGUAUCUGUGCUUAACAGAGCUCCAAGGAGCUAACCUUCCAGGCCCCUCCUUGAGCUCCUCUCCCUCCAACCACCAUCCAGCUGGAAAACUCCUCUGGGGUGGGGGCCCCCUGCAUCAUGAUGCUUAACUCAGACCCCAUGGAGCUGGACCUACCCCCCACCCAUUCAGAGACAGAGUCAGGUUUUAGUGACUGUGGGGGAGGCGUGGGUUCGGACAGAACAGGACCUGGAGGUCCUGGGGGAGGCCAGGCCAGGGGUCCUGAGAUGGGGGAGUCUGGUCGGAAGGACCUACAGCAUCUCAGCCGUGAGGAACGGCGUCGGAGGCGGCGGGCCACAGCCAAAUAUCGUACUGCCCAUGCCACGAGGGAACGGAUCCGAGUGGAGGCCUUCAACCUAGCUUUUGCUGAGCUUCGCAAGCUGCUGCCUACCUUACCUCCGGACAAGAAGCUCUCCAAGAUUGAGAUCUUACGCCUGGCCAUCUGCUAUAUUUCCUACCUGAACCAUGUCCUGGAUGUCUGAACUUUUGGUCCUUUGUCUGGGGGAAUCUUACCCUUGGGAUUCCUUUCUCUCCCAGCUGAGUACACUUUGCUGCCCAGCUCCCUUUCUCUUUUUCUCUCUCUCAAUGUUACAUCCUCCCCGAACUAUGGAUUGCUCAGUUUCUGUACCACCCCUGUGUUUUCCCUUCCCCUUACACCCCUGGACUCAUAAAUGGUCACUUAUCCAGAGAAAAAAAUGACUUAGCCGAGACCAGGGGCAGAGAGGCUAUUUUUACAGGUUAACUGGUGGCAGUAGAUUGUGUAUGGAUGUGUGUGUGUGUGUGUGUGUGUGUGUGUGUGUGUGAGA